AGGCAACUUGUGGCGGUAACCAUGGCUCGCUGGGCUGUGCGCUCCCUCUGCUCUCCGAGUCUGCUCUGGACCUUAGACCGCCGCCAAGAUGUUGAAAGGAGGCUGGUCCGACACCAAACCGGCCACAGCCGAGAUCCAGGAGAUUGCCGACAAGGUGAAGUCCCAGCUUGAGAAGAAGGAAAACCGGAAGUUCUCCGUCUUUAAAGCUGUGUCUUACAGGAGCCAGGUCGUGGCUGGCACCAACUACUUCAUCAAGGUUGACGUCGGUGAUGGUGAGUUCAUUCACAUGAAGGUGUUUGAAAGUCUCCCUCAUGAGAACAAGCCGCUGUCCUUGCAGUCCUACCAGACCAAGAAGACCCAGGAUGAUGCUCUGGAAUACUGCUAAGUCCUCAGUAACUGUGCGCGUGCCAAAUCAUUUUAAUGUGUCCUCUGUGCUGGGGACCAAGAAAUAAAUGCCAUCCCUCCUCUGUGGCUCUGGCCUGGAGAAGACUGGGGUUAAGUUUUACCUUGGGAUUCUCAAACUCUCGUUCGAAUUGUUCCUUCUGCUGAUUAUCCAUCAUAAUUUUACUUUUUUUUUCUUUUUUGAGGAAGAGUCUCAGUCCGGUUCAGGCUGACCUGGAAUUCACUAUGUAGUCUCAGGGUGGCCUCAAACUCUCAGCAAUCCUCCAACCUCUGCCUUCUGAGUUCUGGGAUUAAAGGCGGGUGACACCACGCCCAACUCAUAAUUUUACCUUCAAACGGUGCUAUACUUAAGUCUCCAAAUAUAUAUUUUGAAGUCA